UGAAAAGGCCACAACAAAAGGACGCGCGAGGAUAGACAUGCGUUGUGUUGUAUCCUCCGUCUGCCACAGCAAACUCGAAUCUCACCUCCUAUUCCCCUAUUUUCUUACUAGUCUGACUAUUAAACGCCGCCGUUUCAUCCGAAGUGGUUGUAUUUGAAGAUUUAUUUAUUAAAGCUUUCCUUUUCUAACUUCUGAUAUAUAUAUGUAUUUUUUAAUAUUAAAACCCUAAGAAAAGAGACAGAGAGAUCAAAUCAAUCAAACAUGGGUGUGGUGAUCAUUGACGGAUCGACGGUGAGGGACUUCGUAAGCGACGAGUCGGAGUUCAACAAGAGCGUGGAUGAGCAGUUCGUGUCACUGGACCUGAACAAGGACGGCGUCCUCUCCCGAGCGGAGCUCCGGAAAGCUUUCCAGACGAUGAGGCUCAUCGAGAGCCACUUUGGAAUCGACGUGGCUACCACGGCCGAACAGCUCUCCCAGCUCUACGACUCCAUCUUCGACAAGUUCGACUGCGAUCGAAGCGGCACCGUCGAUCGAGACGAGUUCAGGGCCGAGAUGAAGAAGAUCCUUCUCGCCAUAGCUGACGGCCUCGGUUCGUCACCGAUUCAGAUGGUUCUCGAGGACGAUGAUCCGACCUUCCUCAAGCAAGCUGCGGAUCUUGAAGCUUCGAAGUUAGCUAAGCUCCAAUCCUCAAAUGCUUGAACCCGCAAAAUUUCAAUGUGAUGCUUUCUCUGUCUUUUAGUUUUGAAUAUUACCUGCUUGUGAAAAUGCUUCAGUGAAUAAAUUUGUUAUAUGUAUGCUUCCGAAGCAAGUUAAUAAUACGUAUUUUGUCGCAAACUUAUUUUUUAAGUCUA